AUGGCGCCCAAAGGAUCUCGGCGGAAGAGCUUAAGUCUCCUUACCAGAGCAUCAUUCUCAAACCUCACCCAUAUAAAUACCGAUGUCAGUAAUGGCAGCACAGGCGACAAGGAGCAAAAGGAUAAGAAGAAGUUUGGGAAGAGAAGUUCGAUAUUUAGCGGUCUGACGCCUGCGGUGCAUGUUGAUACUGAAAAUGGAAGCAUUAGUCCUGUCAAAUCCGACGCUCAUUCGCCCAAGCUGCGGCCUCGUACACUGCAAAAAGGCAGACCAAAUUCAAUAUUCGGUUCUUUAGGGAGAAGAUCUAUGACAGAUUUGGCCGAGGAAAAGGAGGUGACGGGUACCACUCCUGAAUCCCCUGAAGAGGAAUAUCACUAUCUUGCAGCCGGUAUCCUCAAUGCGAGCAGUGCUGUUUCCAUACUUCAUCAUGGAGAGGUUCAGACGACUAGUUCGAUGUUCAGGAAGAAAAAGGAAUACCUUGUGCUGACGGAUACACACCUAACGCGCUUCAAGAGCAUGGCACGGGCGAUAGAGGCAUUUCCCAAUAUACAACCGGCGCACUUGCGACAAUCCCAUCGUCAAUCAUCCACUGCAUCCAUAGGAUCCUUACAAGAAGUACAGUCUCAAGCUUCACAUGCAUCGACCGAAGGCGAAAACAGGAUCCCUUUGGGUCAGAUUGUCACAGUAUACAAGAUGGAGGAUGGGCGACCAUAUUUCACUACCGAGGUCGUGUUUUUAGACGAAGAUUAUCAUGGUGUAGGAUCCCUUCAGCUUAUGUUACAUGAUCCAAAGGAAGCAGAUCUAUGGUCCACUUCGAUAAGAGCGGCUGCGCAGAAAGCCAGACUCAUGAUGCCGGAACCAUACCCUGAACGAGUUGUCCGUUAUCUUGUUCAGACCCUGGAGGGGGUGGACGACUAUGACGCCAAUCAUUUCCAAAUAUUCCGGGUUAUCAAUCGAGCACCAUUGGCCAAAAGUGCACGCUCCUCUUCGGACGACCUUCAAAGGCUUGGGUCAUCAGUGUUCUACAUGGUUAUUGGUAUCAAUCGACUGCAUUUGAUACCCCUACCCGACUUUACCCUGCCGUCUGGUGCCCUUUUUCAUCCAAAAUCCAGUCGAAGUGCGUACGGCCUUGUAUCCCUAGUUGCAAUGAACGUGCAGUAUUCCGAUGAUCGAUUUGAGCUUGCAUUUAGAACACCACUUCAACAAGCUAGUAUGCUCGAGUUGGCAGCUUCAGCUACACAUGACAUUGCUGUAGUCAUCUUCCAAGCCAUACAGUAUCUUAAACCGGCAUGGCUAGACUACAACUUCACAUUCAACGGGCCUAAACGCCUGCUGGAAUCUGGUGAUAUCCCACUAGUUUACGAAGAGGAGGAGUAUGGAUGCUUUGAUAGAACUCUUGUUGCUUAUUGCAUGGCCUACAAUUGUAAUCCCAUAAAUAUAAAAUAUGCAGUAGAUUGGAGUGUCGAGGAUGCUCCAGAAUUUCGUUUAUACCCUCCUGCCUUGACAGCUAAAUAUACGAUUUACGAACUGCUUGCUAUCUUUAGGUCUUUACGAUAUAACGAAUCUUUUCGCUCAAUUUCUUUCGCUGAUAUUGAUCUUCAUUGCUUGCAUGGUAUUGUGGAUUCCUACGGCAUAGAUCAUGUAGCAUGGACUACUCGAGUAGGUAUUGCGAUAGAUACCUACUUCACGAUGAAGCCGCAGGACGGGUCUCUAUUGUACCAAGAGGUUCAAGCACUUGCGUUGAAAUCAUUACAGCUUCGAAAGAUGGAUUUCAGCAACGCCCUUCCCAGAAGAAGGCCGCGGGACACAUUUGAUGACGAAGGCGGUGUUCUUCACAAAGAUCCAGGUUGCGAAAUUACUGCAGCGUUAAUGCCCUUAUGCAGCGCUCAGCUAACCGAUGUUAAUUGGAUUGUUCUAAACGGAAUUGAGUUGGGGGAAACGGAUCUUGAUGCUAUGAUUCCUGCAUUGAAUAAUCCUAAGGCUGGGAUCAGGGCGAUCGAGUGCUCGCGCUGUGGGCUGAGCGAUCGGGGGAUAAUGCAACUUUUAACUCUUCUGGAACGACAGAACCAAACACUAGAGUGCAUCAAUGUAUCCAACAACCCGGGGCGAAUCCUUCUUGAACGAUUUCAAGUAUCCAUGAGUCGAUUUUCGCAUGUCCGUAAGCUUGAUUUAUCAAUGAUUACCCGUACUUCUGGCGACCAACCACUCUUUGUUCCCGAAGUUAUGCUCGCCUGGCGACUAGAGGAGUUGAUCCUGAACGGUAUUCCUAUGGAUCAAUGCAACCUAAGUGGAUCGCAUGUUGCUCUUCUCAUGCGAGCUAUGACUCGAGUCGCUGGUGAACCUCGUGAUUUGGAACUCCACGUAAGUGCUAAUCGGCUGGAGAAGGGAAUAAGUGAUUUUGUGAAGGCUAUUCAAGAAAAUUACACACCAACAAAACUCGUGGUUCGGAUGAUCGAAUUCACCAAAGAGGAGCACUUUAAACGAUUGUUAGAAGCUCUGCGCACCAACACUACGAUUCAAGUACUUGAUAUCUCGAAAGCGUCACUCCCCUACGAUGCAAGUCCGGAGACCUGUGAAACCAUGCAGAGGGUUUUUGCUGAGAACACCACCCUUCAAGACUUGGACAUAUCUGGAGAACAAGCACAUCUGGAGGUUACGCGAUUUGGAAUCGGCUUAAAUCAAGCAUUGACUGGUCUUAAGAAGAACAACACUUUGAAGUCUCUUCGUAUAGAGUACCAGAACUUGGGUUUGGAAGGGGCGAACACACUUUCUUCUGUCUUGGAAGAAAAUAGAGGUUUGACACAUAUUUUCUGUGAACACAACGAUAUCAAUCUCCAAGGAUUUACGAUACUCGUCAAUGCGAUUGCGAAAAACCACACUGUUCUCGAGGUGCCUUAUAUGCAGGACGAUCAAGAUAUCGCCAUGAAACGAAUGAGCGCUAGUAUGAGAGAUACGCGCCGCGCCACGAGUUCCUCAGGCCGUGAAAAUCACCAUGUGAAAAGUUCGGUGAAGCGGACACUGAAAAAUUUUGGCGUCGGAGUUGAGAAGCCAUGGUCAAAUCCUCUACUCCUAGGGAUAAGUGGAAUACCGAGAUUGGAAGAUUGGACUCUAACAGGGGAAAGGAAUAGAAACAUCGCAAUGGGUGUGGAUGGGUAUGACCCUACUCAGAUUUUCGGUGAGCAUGCCAUGCGUCCUACGACUGCGAUGAGCGACCGAGGAAUCUUAGAACAGGUUUUAAGCAACACGACUCCAAGGAUCGAAUUGGGAAAUCCUGUCGAAAUUACAAAUGACCGAUUUUCUGGCAUGACACCUUUAGCAGAAGUGAUUAAUCCCAUGGACAAGGAGAACGAGAAGCCGAUGGAUGAGCCGGAUUCUAUCCAGUUUAAACGCAUAUCCUACAAGCGUAGUAAAGAUGGAGGUUUAUUACCUGACUUGCCUUCUUUAGGCAAUGAAAAGUUGUUUGAGUUAGAUGAGCCGGAUACUACUAAGCUCAACCCAAAGCGGUUAUCAUACAAACGCAGAUUCACGGAUGUAUUGGUUGUUGGCUUGGCUUGCAAAUUCGAAUUGGGUGAAGUUUUCAUAUCUUUGACUAUAGGGAAGGGGAAAUGGAGGGAGGCUAAGGCAUGCAUAGGAAGCAAUGGGAUUGGAAUGGAAGGAAAGGAAAGGAAAGGGAAGGAGGGAGAGGGAGAGGGAGAGGGAGAGGGAGAGGGAGAGGGAGAGGGAGAGGGAGAGGGAGAGGGAGAGGGAGAGGGAGAGAAAGAUAAAGAUAAAGAUAAAGAUAAAGAUAAAGAUAAAGAUAAAGAUAAAGAUAAAGAUAAAUAUAAAUAUAAAUAUAAAUAUAAAUAUAAAUAUAAAUAUAAAUAUAAAUAUAAAUAUAAAUAUAAAUAUAAAUAUAAAUAUAAAUAUAAAUAUAAAUAUAAAUAUAAAUAUAAAUAUAAAUAUAAAUAUAAAUAUAAAUAUAAAUAUAAAUAA